CGGGCCCGGAGGCGGGCGGAGAGCCGGGGCGCGAUGGAGCGGAAGAGGUGGGAGUGCCCGGCGCUCCCGCAGGGCUGGGAAAGGGAAGAAGUGCCCAGGAGGUCGGGGCUGUCCGCCGGCCACAGGGAUGUCUUUUACUAUAGCCCCAGCGGGAAGAAGUUCCGCAGCAAGCCACAGCUGGCACGUUACCUGGGCGGCUCUAUGGACCUCAGCACCUUCGAUUUCCGCACUGGAAAAAUGUUAAUGAACAAGAUGAAUAAAAGCCGCCAGCGCGUGCGCUAUGACUCCUCCAACCAGGUCAAGGGCAAGCCUGACCUGAACACUGCACUGCCUGUGCGGCAGACUGCAUCCAUCUUCAAGCAACCAGUGACGAAAAUCACCAACCAUCCCAGCAACAAGGUCAAGAGCGACCCGCAAAAGGCAGUGGACCAGCCGAGGCAGCUGUUCUGGGAGAAGAAGCUGAGUGGCUUGAGUGCCUUUGACAUUGCUGAGGAGCUGGUCAGAACCAUGGACCUUCCCAAGGGCCUGCAGGGAGUGGGCCCAGGCUGCACAGACGAGACGCUGCUCUCCGCCAUUGCCAGUGCACUGCACACCAGCACCCUGCCCAUUACAGGCCAGCUCUCCGCAGCCGUGGAGAAGAAUCCUGGCGUGUGGCUGAACACUGCACAGCCGCUCUGCAAAGCCUUCAUGGUGACCGAUGAUGACAUCAGGAAGCAGGAGGAGCUGGUGCAGCAGGUGCGCAAGCGCCUGGAGGAGGCACUGAUGGCCGACAUGCUGGCACACGUGGAGGAGCUGGCCCGGGACGGGGAGGCACCACUGGACAAGGGCUGCACCGAGGAGGAGGAGGAGGAGGAGGACGACGAUGAGCCGGAGCCCGAGCGUGUUUAGAUAGAUGCCCUGCCCAGGUCGUGGUGACAAACUGCCUCCCAUGGCCUCCUGCGGACCUCCCUCAGCCUGGCCUGGACCAGAUGGGGGCCUCCAUUUUCUUCCCAGCCGGGUCUCAGUGCAGGUGCCCCCAUGGGCCAUGGACUUGCUUGCCCCUGUGCUGCCUGGCAAGAAGCCCCACACUGAAAACUGAAAGCCUGGGCACAGCUGGGAGGUCACCUCCCUGCCUCCACCAUAGGAAGAGGCCCUUCUCGUCACCAAGGAGCUAUGAGCUUUGUUGGGCGCUGGAGGAAGGUUCUAGAAGCACACCUGGCUGUGCCUGCCUCACGGUGUCCUAACUCCACUGUGGUCCAGGGCCUGGACUGCAACUGUUCAUUGGGGCCGCGCGGCUGAGAGCCAGCAGCCAGCCAGGAAGUCAGUCGCUUUUAUUCAAUAAACUGAUGGUAGGAA